AGGUAUCAUCUAGCAGCAAACCAUGGGCAAUUUCAAAGGGCACGCCCUCCCUGGAAGCUUCUUCCUUCUUUUUGGCUUAUGGUGGUCAGUGAAGUAUCCACUGAAGUAUGCAUGUCGAAAAAACAAGAACGCUUGCUAUCUUGGUUCAAGGGCAGGAUUUCAGCGCCUGGAGUUUGUUGAGGGGAUCAUCAAAGCUGUCUUUGCCUUGAUUGGAAUGGUGGCUGAGCAGUUUGUUCCUGAUGGACCUCAUCUGAAGUUGUAUAAUUAUGAGGAAAAGCACUGGGAUCACUUGAUGAACUGGCAACAUGCCACCAUGUACCUCUUCUACGGUAUUUCAGGGUUGGUUGACAUUGUGGCUCACGGGACCAACGCGUUGCCAGUGGCCAUGGACAGGAUGAUGCUUUCCUUAGCAGUGUUUAUUGAAGGUUUUCUCUUUUGCUACCACCUUCAUGGGAGAGCCAUGCUGGAUGUUCAUGUUCAUCAGCUAUUGCUAUUUGCUAUCUUUGGAGCUGCUGUUUGCAUAUUUCUGGAAGUUUUCUUUCGUGGCAGUAUUGUGCUAGAGAUGCUCCGUACAAGUCUCUGCAUGUUACAAGGCAGCUGGUUCUGGCAGAUUGGCUUUGUACUUUAUCCUCCAAAUGGGAGCCCAGAGUGGAAUCAGACGGAUCAUACUAAUAUGAUGUUCCUGACCAUGUGCUAUUGCUGGCAUUAUGCCUUUGCUUUUCUUAUACUUGCAGUGAAUUACACAAUUGUCAGCUGGGUGGUUCGUUCAAAGGUUAAACGGUCCCAGUCCAUGGAAAUGGGAUUACUGAAAACAUGUGAACGAGAUCAGGAGUCAGAAGAUGAAAUUUAGUAUGAAUAUGGCUUGACUAGUUUACCUGCUCUGCCAUUAGGCUAAUUGAUACCUCAUUUCUACAUUUGUUUGCCAUCUUAUUCUUUACUAAAACUUGCUAUGCAAAUAUCAUCCCCCAAGUGCUGUCUACAUCUACACAGUUACGUCUUUAUUGUGGAGGGUAAGCUUGGUAUCGAUUUGUAGUGGUUGCACUAGUACCUUGCUUAUCACAUGCUUCAAAGAAAAACAGACUAAUAUUAGACAGACUUGGAUGGGAUGAAGUGGCAUGAUGAAGUUUGCAUGCUUGCCUCAUCAAAAGUUAAGCAAAAUGUU